GCAAUGCGGAAGAGGACCAUUUUCAGCCGAAAAACAAAACAUUCGUGGGUGGUGUGGAGUUAUUCAAUCUGGUCUGACGUUACUCAGCUCUGCUGGAGUGCUUUCGUAAACUGUGCCGCAUAGCUCGACAGCUUUACCCGGGGUUUGGCACGAUGCUGAACGCCGCCGCCGCGGAGAGGAACAAGGAGCCCAUUCUGGCGGUGCUCCGGGAGUGCGUGAACACCGGGAGACCCCUGCAGGCUUUAGAGAUCUCCUCCGGUACCGGACAGCAUGUCAUACACUUCGCUCAGGCCCUGCGGAAUAUUACCUGGCAGCCCUCAGAGUAUGACCGCCAGUCUCUAGUCAGUAUCGAAGCGUACAGAGCCCACUACCAGCCGUACAAUGUGAGGCCUGCCAUCCACCUGGAUGCUUCUCUACCCCAUCAGUACUGGGGAGGCAUCCAGCCAGAGAGCCUCGAUUUGGUAGUCAACAUCAACAUGAUCCACAUUUCUCCAAUGGCUUGCACAGAGGGGUUAUUCAAAGGGGCUGGAGCAGUGCUGAAGCCGCAAGGUCUUCUAUUGACAUAUGGGCCCUACGCAGUGAAUGGUCAGAUCACCCCUCAAAGUAAUAUUGACUUUGACUACAGCCUACGGCAGAGGAACUCCGAGUGGGGACUCAGGGAUAUCUCCCUCCUCAAUUCUAUAGCACAAAGAAAUGGUUUAUUCUUGGAGAAAAUAGUGGACAUGCCUGCAAACAACAAGUGUCUUCUGUUCAGGAAGGAGAGCCUGGUGUGAAGUAUCCCGUCGUUCCCUCUCUGGGUGCACACCAGUGUUGGAACGUGAUACUCAAAACGCCUUAACUUACACUUGAAGCUCGGAUACAUUGCCAAAUUUUCCAGAACUGUUAAUGAAUCAUUUCUCCAUAUUAAUCAGAACUGAAAUACUGUAAUCUGUGAUACACUAUAUUCUUCUGUAUUGCACACUUGAGUAAAAAGGCUCACAGCUA